AUGUCGACGAGCAACUGCGGUGAAAAGAGCGUGUGGAUUAUUAUAGAUCAAGAGCGGCCUGAAGCAAAUGAGGAUUACUACAAGGAUCCAGGCCUGGCGAUAUCCCAUUAUCACAUAGGUAAGGAAGAGAAGGAUAUCAAGGAUAUAAUGACAGUAAAGCUAUUCUUCGAGGGCUCUGUGGAAAGCAACGGCGAUACGCAGGAAUUGGACUCGCUCCAACGAUUACUGUUUGAAUCUGGUGUAAAUCUACAAGGAAAAGAGUGGCAUGUCUCUGCGAUUGUUUUUGAAGGAGUGACAGCAGGAACAGUCGGUGGAUAUGCGAUUGUAUUACACCCUACUGGCAAAAAUAAAAGUAACAAUCACGAAGACGACGACGGUCUCACGAACCAUGGAUUCGAAUUGUACACAACGACCACCAAUCGAACGAGCAGCGUCUUCCGAACACGACAAUUGUUGUAG